AGUUCAUUUCAAUUUCUUAUGCUCCUUAGCACAAUAUGUACCUUGGUUUUUUCUAUAUGUGUUUGUAUGCAUUUAUCUGAUACAAAUAAAUAGUAUGAUUCAACACUGCUUUUACCAUAUGUCAGUCUACAGACUGCAUACAUCUUAGAGAUCCUCAAUUCAAAUCAGUCGAAAUAAAACCCUGAGUCUUUUUUUAUUGCCUACUAUAUUCAAGAUUUAUUCUCACAACAGGUAACAAACCAAGCUUCAGGAUGUUUAGUAUUUUAGAAACUCAUAGGUAGACCUUUCUGAACGUAGUUGUAGCUUGGGAUUUGUCAUUUUCCCACAGUCAUGAAUAGAUGCCCCUGUAUAAAGAAAAUGCAAAUGGUUGAAACAUUUACAUGCAUUGCAGAAGAAUCUAACUUGGGCAAACUUAAUCAGAGUCACCAGCCUAGAAUUAAUAUUUUUUUUCCGGUUGAAAUGAAGUCAUGCGAUAGGCACUUUUCCUUCCAAGUCCAUGCAAAAGCAAUAACUUAAACUUGCUUUGAAUGGAAACAGUAUAAAAACUGUAGACAAUCAAUUAAAAUGGAUGAACCACAGAAUUUUAACCACUACUGAGGGGUCUCUAAGCUGAAUAAUUAUAUGGAAGUUGAGCAGAAUAUAAAGAGAGCAUUUUAGUUCAUUUGUCCAUGCUGUCACAUCAUGCACAUAUCUUCUGCAUGCCAUAAUUACACAAAAAUAUUGUUAAAUAAAACACCCAAACAGCAAUAACAACACUGUUAUGCUAUAUGUUUUUUUGUUUUUUGUUUAAAUCACACACACUUAGGGAACUGUAUCCCUAAUAAUUGUAAUAAAUACUUAAAAUAAAUAAUUUUAAUCAUAACUUGUUUUAAUAAGUAUUGUUUUAAACAUAACUAAAUAAAUGAAACCAACUUCACUACCUUCAAGUCAGAAAAACACAACAUGAAUAAAUGCAUUUCCUCCACAGUAGUAAACACAACUUGCAUUGCCAGCAAAUAUACUGGGGGGAAAAAGUUGUUAGUGGAGAAAGAGUAUGUAAUGCAAAAACAUAUACGUUAAGUAUAUGGUACUAAAAACAAACUUGGAACACGAGUUUUAAAACUGUGACAUUUACACUGAUUUAAGCUGUAACAAUGUCCAGCUUUUGCUGAAGCUAAUUUAACAGAUUAAAUCAGAUGUUGUUUCAAAGAGAACUCUGAGGUGGGGUUUAAAUAUUUCACUGGCCCUUCCCAACCCCACAGUUAAUUGGACAUGUGAUAAACACAGCAGUUUGAUUUUCUGCCUGAAAUUGGACAGCUGAAAUCCCACUGGACUACUACAGGCUGGUGAAUCAAGUUCAGGUAAACCUUUUUUUUUUUUUUUUUUUUUUUACUACAUAGCUGUUAUUAGGCUAUAUAAUAACAAAAUCUGUUUAAAGGUCCUGUGUAUACUUAAUAAGUGUAAAAUGAUUAGUUGUUUUGUAUUUUGUAUAGUGUUAAUGAUUUUGCAAAAUUCAUCUAAAUCCUUGAAGCCAAGCUUGCCAUAGCUGUGUAUCAGGUAGUCUCCUCCUGAAUGAAAUAACAUGCCUAGAGGGCUGGUGUAUUAUUUCUUAUUGCUUAACAAUAAACCAGUUUUCCGCUGUAUAAAGACCUUAAGGGCCAGCGGUAGGAUAUAAGAGCUUAAGCGCAGAUGUUCAGUGGAAUGGCAGAUACAGUACAGUGUGAAUCUAUUCCAAUAAAUACACAAAUACUAUAAUUUUAGUUUGUGCAAUGUUACAAAAUUAUUCUACAUCUCUAAUUUUUUUUAAAUAAUUUUAAUCAUUUCCCUAAAAAUUAUUUAAUGCAGUGGACUGGACUGGACUUAUUUUUUCCACAAUUUGUUUGUUUGAAACUGCGCUUUGUACGUAAAAUAUCAACAAUCCCUACCUUUUCCUUUAGCAGAAUGGCAAAUCUGGUGGAAAGACUUAAUGCCAUGAAAUAUACAGGAAAGGCAGAGAACUUGAAAGCAUUAUAACUUGUUAGAGCACCGCUGAUUAGUUGCCCUUUUGCAGUUGAGAAGGAAUUAAUGCAUCUUUGAAUAAACAUUGUAUAACUGCGUCUUUUCAACUCAUCAUUAUAUAAGGGAAAAUGGAAACAUGUUUAAGAGAAUGAAGUCACUGGAUUUAAAAAUGAUUUUCAGAGCUUAAAAAUCAUUUCCAGCUGCUUGUGAACAGCUAGUCACACGGCUACAUGGCUAUUCAAGCAUUUAAAGGAAGGACAAAUUAAAUGACUGAUUCUAAUUGGCUGAUUUGUUUAUACCAUUAAACAAAUUGAUGUUGUUUUCCUUUAGGAGAACUAAAAAACAUCCCUUUAUCUGCAAAUAUACAAUGGCUGACCCGCAGUCUGCAUAAUAGGAUAAGCAAGGGGGGAGGUGGGGGGGAUUAUUCUGAGGGUCAGAGAUAGGGUGGAAAAUGGUUAUAAAAAAUAAAACAUAAACAAACAAAAAAAAACAAAAACAAAAAAACUUUUUUAGACUAACAUAAGUGGACCCCAAGCAAAAUAAGAUCAUAAAAUGUUCAAUUAAAAAAAUAAAAAAGUUUUUAUAAGUAGAUUCAACCCAAGUAUGAAUGGAUGCCAGUCUAAUGACAGAAUGGAAAAUGCAACAUAACCAUUUCAUUUACGAAAUGCUCACUCACAAAUGUUGUUGCAUAUUAAACCUUUGAUGUGGCCAUUCAUUCUCAAGGAAAUGAGCUGAAAUAAAAUGUUAAACCUGUGAGAAAAUUACUUGUUUAGCUGGGUGCUUGCAUGCAAUUAAUGAGGCCGAAUCGUUUGUUCUGUCUCUGAAAACUACUCAACACGUUUGGUAACAAAGUCUCAUUGUGAUUUGGUUCACUGGCUUCCUCAUUCUACCAGAUGAGAUUCAAGAUGAUGCCCAGCAGCAGCAAUGGGAAGAGUUUGGAUCUCUCCAGGCUGACAGAUGAUGAAGCCAAGCACGUUUGGCAGGUGAUCCAGAGAGACUUCCACCUGCGACAGAAAGAAGAAGACAGGCUAGGGGAACUCAAGACCAAAAUAAUGAAAGAGGAUACGAAGAGAGAGCUGCUGGAAUAUCAGCCUAAACUCAGUGAUUCACUCUGCAUCCGCUGUCUGCAACCCUUCAAAUUCCUUGUCAACAACAAGCGCCAGUGUCUGGAUUGCAAGCUAUUUGUCUGCAAGUCCUGCAGCCGUUUUAACAAGAAGGACCGCGGUUGGGUGUGUGAUCCAUGCCACAUGUCCAGAAUCCUUAAGAUUGGAACUCUGGAAUGGUUCCAUGAGAAUGUACGCUCUCGCUUCAAGCGUUUUGGCAGUGCAAAGGUCAUGAAUUCACUUUUCAAGAGGCUGAACAGUGACCGUGCCUCCUCUCAAACUGACCUCAGAGAGCCUCGAGAUGAUGACACGCACAGCAUGCCUGAAGUUCACACUGGCUCUCUGUUUAACCAGGAAGAUGAGCAAUCUGAGAGGGAGAGGGCUGAGAGACGCCACUUCAGCCUGAUGAGAAAAGGCAGACGGCUGCUUCCUGUUGAUCCCCUUGAAUUUAAUAUUGGCGUUGAGAACUCCGCUUAUUCCCGUACCCCCUUACUUCUGUAUUCAGGUAGCCAAGAGAAAGUAACCCAGAGUAAGGACUCAGUAAAUGAAGACAACUGGUGCACAACCUUUAAGCAGAUCCUGGAGAAUGGAACUCAUGGCAGAGGUGAUGAGAUGAAGGACAUGUUGCAAAUCAGCCUGAGAAGUCUGGACAAACCCUCUCAUUUUGACGACUGCACACCACACCUAGAACAGAGGAUGACAAAAUCUCGUUCCCUCUCCAAGAUGAGUCUCUCUUCAGCUGGCAGCGCUAACUAUCACCUCCACCGUGAGCUUUCUUACAGCCUGGAAGACUCAGAGGAUGAUGAUGAAUCUGAGAUGAAUGUCAUAUACAGUCCUGCCCUACUUAGGGAGCCCUCACCAGAUGAGGUUCCCCCACAGAUUAUUGAGCUCAACAAGCGUAUGUCAUCAAUCGAGACUCUUCUGAGCCGCUUGGAGAAGAAAAUUGCCUUUCCGGUAAUUGGGGGAUCAACAGAACUGGUUGAGAAGAAAGUGGAGGAUUUGUCUCCAGCUGACUUAGAGGAGCUUGAGCUCAGAAAAAAGCUUGAUGAACUUACUGAAAAAAUAAGUGACAAAGGCCUGUCGUCUGAUGAGGAGGAUGCAACGAAAUCUUCAGAGGACUCUCAAAAGAAAGGGGCCCUUUCCCAUGCUUCAACUAUGAGAGGAGCUUCAGCUGGACUUGGAAAUGUCAGACAUGAGUGGCCCCUUGAGGUUGAGUGGGUAAGAAAAGCAAAGCCGAAUAUACAUAAAUCCUUAAAAAAGCAGAAGCGGGUGAGUUCCUUUGAGUUUAGUAAUACAACCAGCUGUGAACUGUCGCAACUAGAGGGUAAAGUUGCAAUGGCAGCCGCCAGUGUCCAGAGCACUCAAAGCGGGGUUACAGACAUUCAGAAAAGAAUUGCUGCUUUGAGUGCUGCAGGGAUGACAGUGGAGACGUCCCGCAGACGGGCUCCUCAACCAUCAAGGGUGUUGCAUGAAUUUCCAAUUAGAGGCAGCAGUGAAGCAAAAUCUUUACGGAAGCUGGUCAUUAUGUGAAGCAAAUUCAGCAAUUUAGCGCUCUUUCACAUAUUUUCAGUGGGCCGUGGUAAAAUACAAACUCAGAACAUCCCACAUUAAUAAUAUAUAAUUAAUACUUACUCAUCUAAUGAAAGAUUGAAGCGUCAUAUUCAGAUAAAAGAAAGGCUCACCUUGUAGCAUGUGCUGUUUCUUAGAAUACAAAAUAUCAGUUAUGCACAUAUUAGAAAUUGUGUCUUUACUACACUUGAUAACUGCUGUAGUUUUGAUAUUUAAAAUCAAUAUUUAAUAUCUAUGUAGUUUUCUUUUGUAUAUUUCAUGAAAUAUUGUACUUGAUAUAUUUUUCAUGUAUUAUAAAUGUUUGUUUUUUCUGCUCAUUAAAUAUCUUAAACCCUUA